UUAGAAAAUUCUAUAUGUCUUUUUAAAACCCACAAACACUCAAAUUAUUUGACGGAAAAUUAAAUUGUUGCUACUAUAAACGGAAAAGGUGUUAAAAAGCCAAUCUAUAGUCAUAUAUUUAAAUUAGAAUAAGUAAUAUUUUGAUAAAAGCUCUAGCCGACUUCUAAUAAAAAUUUCUAAUAUUUCUCUUCUUCUUUUCUCCAUUUCUUUCAUUUGCUGAUUUAUUGCUUUGAUCUAUCUCUACAAACUCCAAAAGUCCCAAUCGAGAAAAAAAAAUUGAAAAAAAAAAACAUAGUAUACCAAAAUAUAAUAAAUAACCUAAAUUUAGAGCACCUUAUUGUAAUUUUCCAAGCAAAAUAAAAAUCUAGGUUUUAGUUUAAUUGGCUCCUCACUACUCCACAACCCAUCAUCGCCUACUUAUUUAAGAAGUAGGUAAUAUUUUAAGAAGCCAAAAGCCCUACUUAUUUUUUAUUUUCACAAUAAAAAUGGCGAAGAAUAAAACUCGCGGCCGUAGCAACGCCACUAGUCGGAGGCUCAAGAUGUACAAUAAUAGGCCAAAACGUGAUCGUAAAGGCAAAAUAUUAAAGCAUGAUUUUCAAUCAAAGAAGCUUCCAUCAACACGUAUACAGCCAGAUCCCCGUUGGUUCAUCAAUACUCGGGUGAUCAGUCGGGAGAAAUUGGAAUCCUUUAGAGAAAAGAUCGAUUCUCGGCUUUCCAGUAACUACAAUGUUAUAUUGAAUGAAGGGAAAUUGCCCAUGUCCCUUUUGAAUGAUCACAACAAGAAAGGAAAAGCUCGUUAUCUUGACAGUGAGGCUUCUGCCGAUGCUUUAGGAGCUAAGACAAAGAGGAAAACCCCGAAACAUUUUGAAUCAUCAGCCAAGAAGGCUGAUAUGUCUUAAGAUGCUCCUCCCACAGUUCGUGAAGAGACAAGACAAUCUAAAUCCAACAUUUUUUCCAAGAAGAGUCCGAGCAAUUUUCAAGGAUUAUGAAACUGAAGAUGCAAACGAGAAGCCAAUAUAAGAUUAGAUAACUCAUUUUCUUAGCAAAUUAAUAACCAUUAUGGUACUUAGGUCUCAUUUGUUUUUCCUUUUUGUUUUUGGCUGACAUUCACUUUUCAGUAGAAGCUUUUUUUGGCUUGUGAUACAGUGGGUAAAUUCUAAUCUCAGACGAUUUAAGACAA